UUAUCAUCAUCUGCAGGGAAAUAUUAGUUCCAGGUUUACGAGAGUUUCUUAUCGCUAUAAAUGUUAGUCUACCUGUGAGUAAAAUUGGAAAAAUAAAAACUUUUCUGCAAAUGGUUGCUGUAGUAACGCUCAUAGUUGAUAACUAUGAAAUAACUCAAUAUAUAGGUGGAUUUUCUUUGUGGUUUGCCGCAGCAAUAACUAUAUGGUCAGGCUAUAAUUACGUUUCAGCAGGAAUAAAACAGAUUAAUUGAAAAAGUGAUCUGUUAAAUUUCCUAAGAAAGAAUCAUAAAAAUUAUUAGUAUAUUAACGAUAUUGACUAAAUAAGAUGUAUUGUAGUAUAAUAUAUUAGUUCAUAAUUUUAUUAUAGUUAAUAUGACUGGUAUAGGUAACCCGAAUAUAACUGAUGCAAACAACAAAUUGAAUGUAGCUGGUACGAACGAAUCGGAUAACAAGAACUCAAUAACUGAUCAAUGGGCUUUUUUUCAUGAAUUUUUGUUAGAGAUUGAAGAAGAGAAAUCAAAGAAAUUAAAAUUAGAAAAAGAAAUAUUAAAUCUAAAAAGAAGAGAGCUGUUGAGACAAUAUACAUCACUCGCUAGAAUGGCUCCACUUGCAGUACUUAUGGCCAUUAAACUAGAAGCAACAUGCAGUGAUAUGGUACUAUUAGGCAUUAUAAAUAAUGCAUUAAAUCAUACGGUUAUACCCUUUACGGCUUUAUCUCUUGUUUGCACGUUAUAUUUAAUUUAUAAUAGCAAAAAAAUAAAGAAAAAAGAACAAGAAUUAAGAAAUCUUAAAAACAAAGAGGAAAUAGGAAAAAGUGAUGUUCAUUACAGCAAAGAUGAUUAUGUGAACUGUCUUGAUGCUUUCACAUCUAUGUUAGUUAUUUUAGGUGGAAUAGUUAGUCAAGUAUCGGGACAAGAUAUAAUAGAAGAUUCGAUCCUCUUAUUUUCGAAUAUAGUUGCUUUUUGCAUAGCCUGUGCUUUCUUGUAUAGUGAAUGCAAAAAACUCAAGGAACACACUUAUGAGAAAUCUAAUGAAAAAACUAGCAAUAUAAAUGCAGCUACAUUUAUUUUUGCUGGUGCUUUUUCAUUAUUGAUCAGAAGGAUAAUGUUAAUGGCAACAGAACCAUCUAUGAGUAUCUACAUUGUAGGCCCUACUCUUGGUUUGUUCGGAAUCCUGAGUAUUAUAACAGGAUGCAUACUAAAUACACGCUCCUACAGCAGCAAGUUGGAAGACAUAGAAGUUACAGAAGGAACAGCAAUGGGAAUUGGUAUCCAUGCCGCUAACUAUUCUGAUAGAAAAUUCAAUAAUAAUACUGACCGGAGUUUUCCUAUCUAA